AUGAUGGGUUCAGAAGCUCAUGAGAAAAGGCCGCCGAUCCUGACAUCCUCCAAACAAGACCUGUCCCCUCACAUUACGAACGUUGGUCCAAUGAAGCAUUACCUGUGUGGCUGCUGUGCAGCUUUCAACAACAUAGUCAUCACGUUUCCCAUCCAGAAGGUCCUCUUUAGGCAGCAGCUGUAUGGAAUCAAAACCCGGGACGCAGUGCUGCAGCUGAAGAGGGAUGGAUUCCGAAACUUGUAUCGCGGCAUCCUUCCCCCGUUGAUGCAGAAGACCACAACGCUGGCUCUGAUGUUUGGGCUGUACGAGGACUUGUCUUCCCUUCUCCGGAAGCACGCCAGUACCCCGGAAUUUGCCACUCGGAGCAUGGCAGCGGUCCUCGCAGGGACCACAGAGGCCGUUUUCACUCCACUGGAAAGAGUUCAGACAUUGCUCCAAGACCACAAGCACCACGAUAAAUUUACAAACACGUACCAGGCGUUCAAGGCUCUGAAAUGUCACGGGAUCAGAGAGUAUUACCGAGGCUUGGUGCCCAUUCUCCUCCGGAACGGAUCCAGCAAUGCCCUUUUUUUUGGCCUUCGAGGCCCCGUGAAGGAGUAUCUGCCUACUGCCACGUCGCACAGUGCUCACCUGGUCAACGAUUUUAUCUGUGGGGGCUUACUGGGGGCCAUGCUGGGGUUCCUGUUUUUUCCAAUCAAUGUUGUGAAAACACGCAUGCAGUCGCAGAUUGGCGGGGAGUUCCAGUCCUUCCCCCGAGUUUUCAGAAAGAUCUGGAUAGAGCGGGACAGGAAGUUGACAAAUCUUUUCAGAGGGGCCCAUCUCAACUACCACCGGUCCCUCAUUUCCUGGGGCAUAAUCAACGCAACUUAUGAGUUCUUGUUAAAGGUCAUAUGA